AUGUACGUACCUCCGUACAAUAUGAAGAUUACUGGUACAACUCGCAAGAAUAAACCAGAUAUCCCUAAUCAAAUGAAGAUUGGUUCAAGGGAGGUUCCAGCAUCGUCAUUUUGCCACAGCGGAGACGUAACUUUGGUCAGCUACAAGCCGAAGAAGAACAAAAUUGUUCUACUUGUUAGCACUAAAAUGACGAAGUUUAACAUUGGAGAAGCAAGGAAACCAGAAAUGGUUUUAUUUUACAAUAAGACGAAAGGUGGUACCGACACUUUCGAUAAACUUUGUCAUGCGUACACUACAGCCCGAGCAACAAAUCGCUGGCCGAUGAGGUUUUUCUUUGGUAUGCUCGAUCAAGCUUCCGUGAAUGUUAGGAUUCUAGAAACUUGCAAAAAUUCUCGAGCAGAUGCAACAGUGAACAAAUCUCCUCAAGUCACUAUGAAGUCUCUUAUAUUUCAUCUUAUAACUCCGUAUAUGCGGCAAAGAUUGGAAAUCAACACGCUGCGCAUCGAUUUACGCAGGGGAAUUGGGAUGAUUCUUGGACUUUCACCAGAUGAUAUGCUCGAAGAAGAGAGGCCAAAAUUACUCAAGAGAGCUCGCUGUGCCAGCUGCCCAUCCUCGAAGGAUAAGAAGACACAAAUGCAAUGCCCAUCGUGCAAGCGCCCAAUGUGCGAUGACUAUCGCAUCUACCUGUGCAACGAGUGCGGUGGCUGCGAUUAG